AAAAUGAGUUGCCUGAAGGUAAAGGUCAAAGUAGAAGGCCCCGAAGCCAAAGGUGGAAAGUUUGAAAUGCCAAAGAUUGAUAUUUCACUCCCAAAAGGAAAAGCAGAGGGAGAAACUGACAUAGAAGGACAUUCUGGAAAAGGAGGAAAGUUUCAAAUGCCCAAGUUUGAUGUGUCACUACCAAAGAUGAAGCACCCAGAGGGUGAUGUCAAAGAAGGCUUCGAAGUCAAAGGUGGGAAGUUUGAAAUGCCCAAAAUUGAAGCAGAGGGUAGGAGUGGAGUCAAGUUACCAACUGUUAAACUGCCAACGGUAGACAUAUCUGCACCGAAGGUUGACUUAGACUUUGGGCUGUCAAAAGCUAAAGGAGAUGAUAGGGAAGAGAUGGAGCUACUAAAAGCAGAGGGUGGUAGGCCAUACUCUGGGGCAAGUUUUGACAUGCCAGAUGUCUCUCUCAAAAUGCCAAGAUUUUCUCUCCCUAAAUUUGGUAGAAAGUCUAGUGGAGAUGUAAACCUAGAAGGAUAUGGCACAGGGGGUGAUAUUGAUAUUAGCCCCCCACAAGUGGAUGGUAAGGGCAGACCAGCAUCAGUGGAAAUAGGCGGAGAUGGACAAAUAAAAGGUAAACUAAAGAAGCCCAAAAUGAAAAUGCCAACUUUUGGAAUAUCUAAGAAAGAUGUAUCAAUAGCCAGCCCUGAUGUGGAAAUCAAGACAAAAAAGGGGAGAGUUGACAUUCCAAAUCCAGGGAUCAGUGUAGAACAUCCAGCAGACAAAACAAAUAGAAAAUAUAGACUAAAAUUCCCAAAGUUUAAGAAGUCAUCGCCUAAAGGUAAACUACCAGAGGGAGAGAUAGAUGUCUCAAUGGAUAGUGGAAUGGAAGGGAAAGGUGGCUUUCAUGCACCUGAUGUUACAAUCAAAAUGCCCAAGUUCUCCAUGCCAGGGUUUGGCUCAAAGGAGACAGACUUUGACAGGAGUGGGCCCCGUGCUGAACUAGAUGCCAAAGGAAAGGUCAAAAUGCCAUCAGUGGAGAUAUCCUUGCCAGCUGCCAAGACAUCUGAGCAAGAAAUGUUAAUCCCAGAUGUAUCUGAGGCUGACAUCAGUGGUUAUGAAGGAAACCUGAAAAUCCCUAAAAUGCCAACUAUUGAUGUAUCAGCCCCCCAUAUUGAUCUUGAUGUAACUCUGCCUAAAGUCAAGCAUGAAACAAACAUUGACGGGGAGGGAGGCAAAUUUAAAAUGCCAAACAUCAAAAUGCCUGAUAUAGAUUUAUCACGUCCAAUAGGAAAAACUGGUGACAUUGAUGCAUCCAAAGUGAAAAUUGAGGGAGGGGGUGGAAGAUUCAAGAUGCCUGGCAUUAAAAUGCCAAAGGUAGACAUAUCACUUCCAAAAGUAAAACAUGGAGAAAUUGAUGUAUCCACGGUGGAAAUUGAAGGAGAAUGUGGAAAAUUCAGGAAGCCACAUAUGGAAAUGCCAAAUUUUGAUAUAUCACUUCCCAAAGGAAAAAGUGGAGGGAUUGAAGGGCCAAAGAUGGAAAUUGAAGGAGGGGGCGGAAAUUUCAAAAUGCCACAUCUGAAAAUGCCAAAUAUUGAUAUAUCACUUCCGAAAGGAAAAAGUGGAGACCUUGAAGGACCACAAAUGGAAAUUGAAGGAGGGGAUGGGAAAUGUAAGAUGCCACAUAUGAAAAUGCCAAAGGUAGACAUAUCACUUCCAAAAGGAAAAACUAGAGAUGUUAAGGCACCUGUACUGGACUUUGAGGGAGAAGGUGGAAAAUUCAACUGCCACAUAUAUAUCACUUCCAAAGGAAAAAGUGUAGAAAUUGAAGGACCAGACAUGGAAAUUGAAGGAGGGGGAGGAAAAUUUAAGAUGCCACAUAUGAAAAUGCCAAAUGUUGAUAUAUCACUUCCAAAAGGAAAAGGUGUAGAAAUUGAAGACCAGACAUGGAAAUUGAAGAGGGGAGGAAAAUUUAAGAUGCCAUAUAUGAAAAUGCCAAAUGUUGAUAUAUCACUUCCAAAAGAAAAACUGGAGAGAUUGAGGACCAGACAUGGAAAUUGA